AUGGCGGAGGAGCACAGGGGCCGCAUCCUGCGGCUGGAGGUGAACAGCUUCAAGAGCUACCGCGGGCGGAACACCAUAGGGCCCUUCAGGAAAUUCACCACCAUCAUCGGCCCCAACGGCUCUGGCAAGAGCAAUGUGAUGGACGCAGUUUCGUUUGUGCUGGGCGUGCGCACAGCCCAGCUGCGCGGCUCGCUCAAGGAGCUGCUGUACCACAACACCGCAGGGCAGAGCGCAGAGGACAGGCCGCGCAAGGGGUCGGUCAAGCUGGUGUUUGAGGCGGCUGAUGGCGAGGAGGUACAUUUCGAGCGCGUCAUCAAGCCCACAGGGGCGGGCGCCGAGUCUUUCACCUCAGAGUACAAGCUGAACGACCGGACGGUGGGGUGGGAGCAGUACAACCGCCGACUGGAGCAGUACAACAUUCUCGUCAAGGCCCGCAACUUCCUGGUCUUCCAGGGUGACAUAGAGAAUGUGGCGCAGAUGCAGCCUCGCGACCUGACCUUGCUGUUUGAGCACAUCAGCGGCAGCGCGGCCCACAGGGGCGAGUACGAGGAGCUGGAGAAGAAGAAGGCGGAGGCGGAGGAGCGGGUGACUUACAUCUUCAGCCGCAAGAAGGCCAUCACGCAGGAGAAGAAGCAGAAGAAGGACCAGAAGGAGGAGGCGGAGCGGCACCAGGCGCUGCAGCAGGAGCUGGAUGAUUGCCGCGCCGCGCACUUCACCUGGCAGGUCAGCGAGAAGGCUGCCGAGCAGAAGAAGCGGGAGCAGGCGGGGCUGCAGAAGGAGCGGCUGCUGCUGGAGAAGCGCGUGAAGAAGAAGCAGGCGGAUGCCGACAAGAGGAACCCCGAGGCCUUCAAGGUGCGGGAGGACAUCCAGCGCCUGACGCGCCGCAUCAAGAGCGGCGAGAAGGAGGUGGCGGAGCGGCGGCGCCGCGCCGAGGAGCAGCGCGCCAAGGUGGCGGCGCUGACGGAGCAGCUGGAGUCGCUGCAGGAUGCGCAGCGCACUCUGGAGGAGGAUGCGAAGCGUGGGCAGCAGCGCGGCAAGCUCAAGCUGGCCCCCGAGCUGGUCGAUGAGUACAACCGCAUCAAGCAGGACGUCAAGGGCAAGACGGCGCAGAUGGAUGCCGACCUGGCCUCCAAGCAGGCGGCGCUGGAGGCGCAGGAGCAGGCGCGGGACAUUGCGCGGGACAAGGCAGAGUCGAUCGACGCGCGCAUCGCCACGCUGACCAAGGAGCAGGCGGAGGCAGACGCGCGGCGCGAGACCGUGGCUAGCACACUGGCAGAGAAGGAGCGGCGGCUGGCCGAGGCGCGGGCUGAGCUGGACAAGGCACAGAAGGAGACGCGCCACCGCAACCGCUGGACGGUGCAGCUGGAGGAGGUGGAGGGGCAGCUGCGGGAGGCGCGCCAGGCCCGCAAGGAGUCUGACCGCGACAGGCGCGUGAACGAGGCCAUCGCCCAGCUCAAGGCGCAGUACAAGAACCGCGUGUAUGGGCGUGUGGCCCAUCUGGCUGACAUCCGCGACAAGCGCUACGUGCUGGCGGUGACUGCGGCCAUGGGCAAGGACUUUGACGGCAUCAUCGUCAAGGACGCCGACAUGGCCAAGAUUGGCAUCCGUGUGUUCCGCGAGAACCGGCUGCCGCCCCACACCUUCAUCCCCGCCGAGGCAUGCUGCCGCCCAUUGCACUUGCCCUUCGCAGCACAUACCUUGCAUGCCGCCAUGCUUGGUAUUCCCCUGCCCUCCUCCUCCCAAUGCCCUGACAUCAAGGUCAAGGCGGUGCCCGACUCGCUGCGCCACCAGCUGCAGCGCCGUGGCGUGGGUAAGCUGGCCGUCGACCUGGUGGCGCCCAAGCAGGAGGGCACAGACCGCGUGUUCCAAAUGCUGCUGGGUACCACCAUCGUGACUGACACCCCCGAGCAGGCUCGCGAGGUGGCCUUUGGGUCUGCGCAGCGCCAGAAGGUGGUGUCCCUGGACGGUACCAUCAUUAAUAAGGCGGGCAUCAUCACCGGAGGCAUGCACGGCGGGCUGGAGGCGCGGGCGGGGCAGUGGGACCGGGGCGCGCUCGACGAGCUGAAGCAGAAGUAUGCGGGGCUUCAGGAGCAGCUGGAGGCGCUGCCCGCCCAGCGCGAGCUGGUGUCGAGGCAGCAGGAGCUGCAGGCGGCCAUCAGCGGGCUGGAGAGCGACAUGCAGCUGCUGCAGGUGGACCGCAAGAGCUCAGAGGGGAAGUCCAAGGGAGCCGCCAAGGACAUCCAGGCCCUCAGCAAGGAGAGCGAGCGGGUGGCUCCCGAGGUGGAGCGCGCAGAGGACGCCAUCACCGAGGCCAGGCGGGAGGUGGGCAAGCUGAAGCGGCGCAUCGACGAGAUUCUGGACCGAUCCUUUGCUGCCUUCAGCAAGAAGGCUGGUGUGGCCAACAUCCGUGAGUAUGAGGAGACUCACCUCAAGGAGAGCCAGCGGCUGGUGAAGGAGCGGCGGGACCUGGCGGGCCAGGUGGCCAAGGUGCGCAACCAGCUGGAGUAUGAGGAGGCCAACGGGCGCAAGGCGGGCGAGGCGCUGCAGGCCAAGGAGGCGGAGCUGGAGGCGGAGCGCCGGGCGCUGGCGGCGCGGCAGCAGGAGGAGCAGAAGUUUGCCAAGGAGGGGGAGGCGGCGCAGGCGGAGAUCGCUGAGCUGCAGAGGGAGAUGGGGGAGAAGCGCAAAGAGCUGGAGGGGCUGGAGGCGGAGCUGAAGGAGCUCAAGGAACGGGUGGCGGCCAACAAGGACGCAGUGGCCAAGCACCGCCGGUCCAUCGCCGGGCAGCAGUCUGCGCUGGAGGACCUGUGGACCAAGAGGGCGGAUGUGCUGGAGACAGCAUCCAUGGAGCAAGUGGCGCUGCCUGUGCUGGUCGAUGGCAGCCAGCAGGCAGAGGAUGAUGACGCGGAGGAGGAGGAGGAGGAGGAGGGCGCAGCGGGCAUGGAUGUGGAUGGCCAGGCGGCGGCGGGACCCUCCAGCUCCCAGAAGAUCAAGAAGGUGCGCCUCGACUUCUCCUGCCUGGAUGCCACGGCCCGCCUGCGCGACCGCAAGAACCGGGAGGCCUGGGAGCGGGAGCGGCUGGGCAACAUCGAGGAGAUGAAGGCGGGGCUGGCACGCCUGGCGCCAAACCUCAAGGCUGUGGAGCAGUAUGAGGCCAUCCGCGAGAAGGAGCGGGAGCAGCUGGAGGAGCUGGAGGCGGCGCGGCGGGAGAGCAAGGCGGCCACGGAGGCGUUCCAGGCGGUGCAGCAGCGCCGCUACGACGCCUUCACCUCCGCCUUUGAGCACGUGGCGGCGCACAUCGACCCAAUCUACAAGGAGCUGACGCGCUCCUCCGUGCACCCGGUGGGCGGCCAGGCCUACCUCAGCCUGGACUCCAGCGACGAGCCCUUCCUGCACGGCAUCAAGUUCACAGCCAUGCCCCCCACCAAGCGCUUCCGCGACAUGGAGCAGCUGAGCGGCGGCGAGAAGACUGUGGCGGCCCUGGCCCUGCUGUUCGCCAUACACAGCUUCCAGCCCUCCCCCUUCUUCGUGCUGGAUGAGGUGGAUGCCGCCCUGGAUGCCACCAACGUGGUGCGGGUGGCCAACUACAUGCGCCACAUGACGCGGGACGACACCCAGGGCAGCUUCCAGGGCAUCGUCAUCUCCCUCAAAGACGUCUUCUUCGAGAAGGCGGACGCGCUGGUGGGGGUGUGCCGCGACACCGAGCGGGGCUGCUCCGAGACCUACACAUUCGACCUGGAGCGCUUUGGGCCGCCCGCGGGGGCGGUGGCGUGA